AGACUGUAGCUGUUAUCCAAUAGUCUCACAAAGUACAUUAAAAAUAAACAAAAUGUCUCAAUCAGUGGUUCAACCUCUUGAAACUGAGACAACUUCAAUUCUAGCUAGUAAUAUACCAUUGAUUUUGAUUGGAGUUAUCACAGUUCUAUUAGGAUACCAAUACUGGUUUAAAAACCAACGAUAUGUUCAGUUGGGCAAUAAAUUCCCAGGACCACCCACUUUACCAUUAAUAGGAAAUGCUCACUUAGCCCUUGGAAAAUCUGCACAUGGAAUUUUUAAAGUGGCACUUCAAUACUAUAACGAAAUGAAAAUUGAUGUUGCAAGGGUCUGGCUUGGACCUAGAUUGAUUAUUGGCAUCGCAAAUGCCGAUGAUAUAGAAAUUAUUUUAGGUAAUAGUGUUCAUUUGGAAAAAUCUCCUGACUAUGGUUUAUUCGAACCCUGGCUUGGUGAUGGCCUGCUCAUCAGCAAAGGCGAAAAAUGGAGGUCCCACAGGAAAAUGAUUGCACCAACUUUCCACACCUCAAUCUUAAAAUCUUUUAUGCCGGUAUUUAACAGAAACGCUACUGCUUUGGUCGAAACUUUUAGAAAAGAACAGGGAAAAGUAUUCGAUUGUCAUGAUUACCUUAGCAGUACAACUGUAGAUACUUUGCUAGAAACUGCUAUGGGUGUUACGAAAGAACACGACAGCAACACUGGAUUUGAUUAUGCCAUGGCUGUUAUGCGCAUGUGUAACAUCCUCCAUCUUAGACAUAUGAAAUUCUGGUUGAGGCCUGAUACCAUUUUUAACUUCACCAAACUGAGUAACAUCCAAGUAAAUCUUUUAAAAGUCAUUCACGAUCUCACUAACGGGGUUAUCAAGCGAAAGAAGGCAAACUAUUUUGAAAGAGAAAAGACUGGAGAAAAGAGUUUGUAUGAACAAGCCCUAAAGACCUCCAGAAUUGACGAAAAACAUGGAAAUCUAAUUGAAACUCGUGAUAUUAUGUCAAACUUAUUAAGGGAUGAUUUGGAUGAAAACGAGGAAAAUGAUGUUGGUGAAAAGAAAAGAUUGGCUUUCCUUGAUUAUCUUAUUGAAGCCAGUCAAACCAAAGGAAAUGCACUUAGUGAUAAAGAGAUUAACGAAGAAGUCAAUACUAUUAUGUUUGAGGGUCACGACACGACUGCUGCUGCUUCCAGUUUCGUUAUGAGCUUAUUGGGUAUUCACAAAGAUAUUCAAGAAAGAGCAUUUAGUGAAUUAAAAGAAAUCUUCGCCGACAAUUUGCAUAGACCUAUUACAUUUAAUGACACGCUUCAGAUGAAGUAUCUAGAAAGAGUAAUUUUAGAAUCUUUAAGAAUGUAUCCACCAGUACCUCUGAUUGCAAGAAAAGUGAACGAAGAUGUAAAAUUAGCUUCUGGUGACUACACCAUUCCUGCUGGAACCACAGUAAUUGUAUCUCAAUUCAUUCUCCACCGUAACGAGAAAUACUAUAAGAACCCUCUGGUGUUCGAUCCUGAUAACUUUUUGCCAGAAAAAUGCCAAGAGCGACCAUACUAUGCUUUUAUUCCAUUUAGUGCUGGCCCCAGAAGUUGCGUAGGAAGGAAAUACGCCAUGCUCAAGCUCAAGGUACUCCUUGCUGAUGUCAUCAGGAAAUUCGAAAUCGAGUCAGUAGAUCAAGAAAAGGACUUUAGACUUCAGGCAGAUAUCAUUCUUAAAAGGGAAGAAGGAUUUAGGAUUAAGAUAACUGAAAGGGUUUGAAAUAUAAAUUGUAAAAAAUGGGUCGAAUUAUUUUUAUAAAUAUGUUUAUAUAUUCAUAUAUAGAUAUUGUUACGAAGAAUGUAAUUUUAUUGUGUUACUAAAAUUAGCGAUUUUAUUGUUACUCUUAUGGAUCUAAUAAUAAAUUUUAUUUAUUUUU